AUGCUGGCCAUGCUGCUGUUCUCUCUUCUCUUCUUUCUCCCUUGCAUGGGCUUCCAACCAGCCCUCAAGGUUCAUGAUCUUCAAGAUCUUACAGGCAUCGAACUUUCUUCCAACAAGGUUCGCAUUACUGAAGGCAUGCACACCAUCAUCAACACAAUGCACAAGGUUGAGAAGCUUCCUUCAUGUCAGAAGCUGGCUUCUCAGGCUCUGCUCAACACUUGCUCAGAGAUCGGUCAUGCUACCACCCUCGACACAAACAAAGGCAUUGACGUGAUGCUCGAACGCUCAAAGUCGAUCUACGCUACACGUCUGGCUAUCUGUGAACUCAUGGAUGCCAACGCCAACAUUCCUUCAUCUUGCUCACCCUUCAGACCUGUCGAGCAAGCUUCCAAGUUCAAUGGUUUUCGAGGCUUUAUCGUCAAUGGUCGCUUUUCCAAGUCCACAGCUCCUCGCGACUUCGAUGACAACAGAGAUCUUGAUCAAUGCUCGGCUUCACUUUCUUCUAACCCAGUGUGGUGGACCAGCUACUCAAAUGCCCGCCAGAACGCAGUGCUACUCUGUCAUUCAAUGAGAGCCGAGCUGGACAAGGACAACAUGGUUGAGAAGGUGAAGCUCAUGCUCGAGGCAGUCUUGGAGGCAUCCAACGUCAUGGCGGACACGACUGAGGAGCAUCGCAUGUUCGAGAGACAAUGGACUGAGAUGGGCAAGAACAUGCAGUCCUUCCAUCUUGCUCUGAACACAGAUCUCGACAUGCAGAAUCGCAUCGCUGAACAGUGGGCAAAGUUUCAAGUCAACAUCCACGAGCUUGACGAUAACAUCCAGAAUUUGAACCGCGAUGUCGAGAGAGUCCGCAAGGCGUCUUCUCACAUUACCUCGGAUCUUGAGAACCACCGUCACCGAGCUCAGGAAGCACAGGCAGAUGUAACACACCACCUUAGUCAGGCUCUUGAUAUUGCUAUCAAGAUCGAUCAGUCUCAUGACAACUCACUGGCGGCCUCAGUGGCUCUGGCUCAGCAAAACCAACAACUCGCACUCGCUCUGGCUCAUAACACCGAGACAACAAGAGCCUUACAACACAGAACCAAUAUGCUUCUAGAAGCCAUCUCGGCCGUCACCGAAAACGUGACAGACGCCGCCAGAACCGUCUCGGAAUUUCACAAUGACAUUCACAACCUCCCUACCAGAGUUGUUCAGCAAGUCUUCGAAGCUUCGCUCGCAGGCAUACCAUUCGAUUGUAUUUCGAUUGUGCUGCUGUCUAUCUUUUGGUGUCUCGGAUUUGCUGCUCUUGACACCUGGGGCCCAUUCCGCGCAAGAAGUUCGGUCGUUGCAUCGCUCGGAUUUUCGAUUACAAUCACUUAUCUUGUGACCAUGAUUACUCAGACCGUCGAGGUUCCCAUCAUCAGCAUUCUGGGCAUCAUGGCAGUCGCAGUCUCUGCAAUCUUCGUUUGCAAGGUUUGGUACAAGCAACAGAAGACUUCGAACCAGCCUAUCCUUCCAGACAGCAUCAACCAAGACUUGAAGCAGUCGGCUUAG